UUUGUUCCAAAACAAAGGGCGAGUACUCUAAAAUGUGCCAUUUUUAUGUCAACAUUUGACAGCUAAAAUAUGACGACAAAAUCAUGAAGGAAGAAGACGAUGGAACAGAAUCAAGUGACCAGCAAGCCCACAAAUUACUUAUGAAAAGGUGCUCUCGCAAUGAGUUCAUUCUACGCUUUCUGUCCAUGCUGUGCGUGGCCCUCAUGUUUGCACUCUUUAUUCUGCAGCUAGAUAUUCUGUGGAGAGCUAGACAGUCAUUUGUUAUGGAAGUCCUCAUACCGGACAGCCAAGAUGUGAUGUUCUCAUACCCCCCGUUCUUCUACGACAUUGGCCACUCAGAGGACAUCUGGACCUGGGACCCGCGUACCCACCUUCUUAAAGUCAACACAUCGUUUUACGUACACUGAUAUGCACUCAGCAAUAGCUGCUGAACCAUUUUUGUCCCAUCACUGCUAUUCAGUGUGUAUCAUUCAAAUCUUAUUCUUGGAUAACUAGGCUAAAUGCAUGUGUAUUAAGUGACAUCCCACCUUGGCAAAGUCAACAAAUCGUUCUAUGAUCAAUGAUGUUCACUCAGCAAUGGUUGUGUUAAAUUUGUGUGCCAACACUGCUUAAACAGUGUUUUUCAUUCGAGCUGCAUUGUAUGAAAAAUUGGCUUAAUGCAUGUGCGUUUUUUGCGUUUAGUGUCAUCCUAGUGAGCAGUCCACACAGGCUAAUCAAGAAUGACACUUUCCGUCUAAACUGGAUUUUUGUUAAGAAGAGACUUCAUUUAAAUGUAAAAUUCUCUAAGAUCGUAAAGUGUUUUUGUUGAUUAAAAUAUUUAGAGUUUGGACUGCGCAGGCUUAUCUGGUAUGACACUUUAUGCACAUGCAUUAAGUCCAGUUAAUCCAGAACAUGGCUCAUUCAAACAUUAACGCAGUGUACCUCCAGUUACACAGACAGAUGAACUAUACAUGAAGUGUGUGCAUGUACACAUUAUGUGUUGAAAUUUUUGUUCCAACAAUUGUUUAAAUUGAAGUUAGUUAAAACUGAAGUUUUUAUAAGACUAGCGUAUAAAAGAAACAAUUUAAUAAUCUGUUUGAAUCUGUUGUUAGUUAAGAUGUUUGUUAUAAAAAAUAUUUGAUCAGUUUUUAACUAGCAACUGUUAGGUGGUACAACUUACAAGUAAAGUUAAAUCAUUUUAUCUACAUGUAAGUAAGCUUGCCUACCUUUUUGGUUUAGAUUUCUAUCACUUCGUAAGUGGCUAAACCUAAAUCCUCAUGUUAUGCUUAAAACUGAUAACAACAAAAUAAACAAACAUGAUGCAAACUUUGUAAUUUGUGUAAUAAGCGUUCAUCCAAGUACUGUUUCAAAACUUUAAAAUAUGAUACUUGCAUCAUAUAUCAUGUAAUCCAGGAUAUGAAAAACAGAUAUUGGAUGGUAUUGAGCGUACAUAUUUGCAAACAUGUAUGAUAUGUUUUUUAAGUUGUUUAUCUAUUGCAAAUCAAGUUAAAGUUACCAGUAUGAUUAUCUGCUUGCCAAGUAUUUUAUCAAGUUGUAUUAUAUAUAGCAGCUCAUUAUUAUUAUUGAAACCCUUAAUAUGGAAGCAGUUGAGUCAUGGUAUAUGUAGCCUAUUUGGUGCUGGAUCACCAAACUGUGUGAAUUGUAUAUACAGUUUUUGCCAAUUUUUGUAACCCAAACCCUGCCAUAGCACCACUUUUUUUUCAAUGCCCCCGACCUUUAAUUUGCAUGUGAAACAAAAUAAUUUUAUAAAUGAAGGAAGAUUGUUUUAAGCCAACAUGGAGUUACAUAUGCUGUAAAUUUGUAUAAUUUUGAUUAACACAACUCUCGUAACUCGUAGUAUUUCUAAUUCCUCCAUGUAUGUUGUUACACAUACCGGUCUUUGUUCUAAAAUGAUAUGUUUUCAAACAAUAUAAACAAAACAUUGCUUUUUCUUUUGUAAUUUUCACCAAUAUUUUUUUGUGAAUUUGUAUUGUUAUGCAACACGUUUUCUCCAACAUACCUUAACAUUGUUUUUGGUCAUUAUCUCUUCUAUAAUUGUUUCUUUCUCAGUAAUCAACAAACCACUUACCGGUAAUUACAGUUUCCACCUUAUUAAAGGUUGAAUAGCAGUUCAUUAGGUGACAACUAAAAUCAAAACAUACUUUGCAUGCAUUCCUUUUCAUACAUUCGCUUUUCCAGAUGAUAAUCAUUGUUUAAAUUUUACUUGGUCUCUUUUUUUAAAUAGUUCUUUUAAUUGGUGAAUUAAUCAAAAACUUGAAAAUACUUGUGAUAUGAACAUCCAAGUGUUUUUAAUUGUAUGUUCUUUAGUGUAAGCUAUACAUGUCUCAUUAUUAAUUUAUUUAACAAAAUGACAAACCAAAUAAUGUUUUCUAUUUUGUUCUUUCUGGUGUUUAAGUUUGUUAAUAGAUUUUAGAACAAAGUGUCAAAUAAUUAUAUUUAUACAUAAUUACAACUUCUUUCACAUUCAUAUGAAUACUGAAUUAUGAUUGGAUAAUUUGCUCACGUGACCGGUUUUUCAUUUUCCAAUGAACCCUAUUCGUCAAUCGCACAUUCUCGGCCCUUUCCGUCAAACAUUGGAUAAGUAUUUAUGAUUAUGAUUAUCUGCGAGGGGUACCGAAUGCCCUAUUUGUAUGCACAUUUAAACAUGAAAAUUCAUGGCGCUACUUUCUGGUCAUAAACAAGUUUCCAAAAUGACGUUAUGUUUUGCGCGAAACUUAAUGGCGUUGUUUUUUUAUUGGUCAAUAGCGAAAUGACAUUAUAAUUUUGCGCGAACUUCAACGAUAUAUCCGUUUGACGGAGAUGAAACCGAAACUGAAAAUAGAUUCAUAUGCUAGAUAAAAAAGGACUUUUAUGACCCUUAUUCGAAAUAAUUUCAUCUAUAAGAUCAUUUUAUGUUGUAAUUAUAAGAAUUGAAUAGCAUUUUUCUGCACUUCAUCGGUGUAUGAACUGUCGGAAAAAAUACACCUAAGU